AUGGCAAGAGGCAAUCAUACCACAGUUACAGAAUUUGUCCUCAUGGGAUUCACAGACCGUCCUGAACUUCAACUUCCCCUCUUUGUGGUGUUCCUGGUGAUUUAUAUCAUCACCCUAGUGGGAAACCUUGGCAUGAUCCUGCUCAUCAAGGUGGAUUCAAGGCUCCACACCCCCAUGUACUAUUUUCUCAGCCACCUAGCAUUCAUUGAUCUUUGUUACUCUUCUUCCAUUGGGCCCAAGAUGCUGCAAAACUUACUGGUAAAGAAAAAAACCAUCUCCUUUUCAGGCUGUUUUGCCCAGCUGUACUUCUCCAGUGCUUUUGCCACCACCGAAUGUUUCCUCUUGGCCACAAUGGCCUAUGACCGCUACAUGGCCAUCUGCAACCCCCUGAUUUAUACAGCCAUUAUGACUCAGCGGGUCUGCAAGGAGUUAGUAAUAGGAGUCUAUACCUAUGGCUUCCUCAACUCUGUGAUACAGACUGUUCUGACUUUCCAGUUGUCUUUCUGCGAAUCCAACAUCAUCCACCAUUUCUACUGUGCUGACCCCCCUCUCCUUGCCCUCUCCUGCUCGGACACUCAGAACAAAGAAAAGCAGCUCCUGGUCUUUUCUGCAGUGAACCUCACAGGAUCCCUUCUGACAGUCCUCAUCUCCUACAUUUGUAUCCUUUUUGCCAUUAUGAAAAUCCAGUCUUCCGAGGGCAAAUGCAAAGCAUUUUCCACCUGUGCCUCCCACCUCACUGUGGUCAUCAUCUUCUAUGGGACACUGUUUUUCAUGUACCUGUGGCAACCUAAAGCAGGGACUUCAUGGAAGUACAACCAAGUGGUCUCUGUGUUUUAUAGUCUUGUCAUUCCCAUGCUCAACCCCCUGAUCUAUAGCUUGAGGAACACAGAAGUGAAGGAUACCCUGAAAAAGAUGCUAGAGGUCAAAGAGUCAUAGUGUGUGAGUU